AUGGUUAGGGACUUGCUGGGUGAGGAAGGAAUGGAGUGGGACAUAGAACUGGUGAGGGGUCUCUUUUUACCUCAGGAUGCAGAGACAAUCCUUAGUAUCCCCAUCAGUGAAUCAAUUGCAAAAGAUAGAAUGGUAUGGGUUGAAGAUAAGAAAGGUAUAUUUACUGUCAGGAGUGUAUAUAGGCUGGCUCGGGAAAUAGAGGUAGAUGGGGGUAACACCGGUUGCUCGGACUCGACGAAAAUGCAUGGAGUUUGGCAGGGGGUGUGGAGUAUGAACCUGCCAAACAAAAUUAAGCACUUUGCUUGGAAGGCAUGUAAUGGUAUCUUGCCCACUAAAGACUCUCUCUUCUGUAGAAAGAUCACAGACACUAAUAUAUGUGAAGUUUGUGGUAGGCAGGUAGAAACAACCAUGCACAUGCUCUGUUUUUGUAGUUGUGGAACAGAGGUUUGGAGUGCAAGCAAGCUUUCUCUGCCUUGCAAUGUUCAAGAGUCAUGGAUCUUCGUGGACACAUUUAGUCGACUUCGGACUAGUUGGGAGGCUCAGCUGGGGCUGUUGGAGAGAUCGAGAACAGAAAACCAGAACAGAGUUGCAUGGAAGCCACCACCACCGGGUUCUUUCAAGGUCAAUGUAGAUGGUGCUCUGUUCUCAAAAUCAAAGCAAUCCGGCGUGGGAGUUAUGGUGCACGACGAGGAAGGUAAUGUGAUAGCAGCCAUGUCUAGGAAGAUGGAUUUACCUCUCGGAGUGUUAAAGAUGGAGGCGAAGGCCCUAGAGAUUGGGGUGAAAUUAGCUGAGGAGGUGGGGCUCAGGGACGUAGUGUUUGAAGGAGACUCGCAGCUGAUAAUCAACGCCAUCCACGGCAUUGGAGAGGCUGAGGCUUCGGUUCAAAACAUCAUCCAAGGCAAGGGAAUGCCCUUGCCCACUUAUUAG